CAGCCAGCCUCUCACCUCACCUCUCACCUGCCUUCCUACACCUCCCUUAGACUCCUUCAGCCUUUCCAUCCAGCCCAUCUCACCCAAUCAUCAACAUGAUGUACCGAGUUGCCCUGCUCCUGGCUGCUGCCACGGCCUCCGCCUCGCCUCUGGUCCCCCGCGAGGCGCCCACCUCUAUCCUCCCCAGUGGUCCCGAGACCAGCGGCGAGUCCAAGAGCGUCUACAACUGGUCUGAAGGCUGGGAGACCAAGUACCCGAUCCACGAGUCCUGCAACGCCACCAAGCAUGCCGCCCUCGAGUUUGCCCUCGACGAGACUAUGCAGCUGGCCCAGCAUGCUCGCGACCACCUGCUCCGCUUCGGCGACAAGAGCGACCUCGUCAAGAAGUACUUUGGCAACUCGUCGACGGCUGUGCCCAUUGGCUGGUUCGACCGUGUCGUGUCUGCGGACAAGUCGGCCAUGACCUUCCGCUGCGACGACCCUGAUAAGAACUGCGCCACUCAGGAUGCGUGGGCCGGGCACUGGCGCGGCGACAAUGCCACACAGGAGACCGUCAUCUGCGACCUGUCCUUCCAGAUCCGCAAGAACCUCUUCGACGUCUGCGCCCACGGCUUCACCGUCGCCAACUCGGCCCUCAACACCUACUGGGCCGUCGACCUGCUGCACCGCGUCCUACACGUGCCCGCCAUCUCCGAGGAGCUCGUCCACCACUAUGCCGAGGACUACAACGACGCCCUGCGCUUGGCCAAGGAGGAGCCCGAGCUAACUGGCUACGACUCGGAUAUUCUGCAAAUGUUUGCCAUUGACGCCUGGGCCUACGAUAUUGCCGUCCCGGGCGCCGGCUGCACGGGCACCCAGGAGGAGACAGAGGACGAGGACGAGGAGACCAGCACCGCCACGACCACUAGUGCCUCGCCUACCGCGACUGGGGACGACGCUGACGAUGGCGAUGCUGGUGGUGAGAACUGCCACACGCACGCUGAUGGCACCGCUCACUGCACCUAAGGGAGGCGCCUAGCCUCUAGGGCCCUGGGCGAUGACGGCGAUGACGGCGAUGACGGCGAUGAC